AUGCCGUUGGUUGAACUGGAAACCAACCUGCCUGCAGACCGCUUACCCGCGGGACUGGAGAAGCGGCUGAGCCAGGCCGCUGCGGCCAUCCUGGGCAAACCAGAGAACGGCGUCACCGUGAUCCUGAGGCCGGGCCUGAUCAUCCUGAUGGGCGGCUCCACCGAACCCUAUGUGUGCCUGCGGAUCUCCUCCAUUGGGCUGGUGGGCAGCGCCGAGAAGAACAGCGCCCACAGCGCCCGCUUCUUCGAGUUCCUUACGAAGGAACUGGCCCUGGGCCAGGACAGGAUACUUAUCCUGUUUAAUCCCGUGGAGCCAUGGCAAGUUGGCAAACAAGGGACAGUCCUGACAUUUCUGUGAUUGUCGCUGCUCCAGGUGUGUCUGUGAGCCAGCGUUCCUGCUCCAGCGGAGGUCCAUGGAGUACCAGCUUUGAGCACCCCUCUUAAGCUUACCUCCCAAUCCAGCUCCCUGCUAAUGCACCUGUAAAAGCAGCAGAAGGUGGUCCAAGUGCUUGGGCCUCAGCCAACCACCUGCAGACCCAGCUAGAAUUCCUAUUCUGGCCUCAGCCUGGCUCAGCUCUGGCCAUGCCAACAAGCUGGGAAGUGAAUCAGCAGGUGGAAGACCUGUCUCUCCGUCUCUGUAAUUCUGCCUUACUAAUAAAAAGAGAAAUCUUUUAAAA